UUGUUUCAAAAUUGCAUAUUACCCAAAAAGGAUGAAAAUAUCCUAUUCAGCAGUGCUUCAAUUUGCUUUCCUCCUUCUCAUUGCCAUCUGGUGGGAUUCUGCAUCUCAUCCUCACCACGAAGAAUUUGUUCAAUGCCUUUUAAAUUAUACUGAUAGCCCCUCUGAUUUCUCAAAAGAAAUUUACACAAAAAACAACUCUUCUUUCAUGUCGGUCUUGGACUCCUACAUCCAAAACUUGCGCUUCCUUUCACCAGAAAUUCCUAAGCCCCGAGUCAUUAUCACAGCUUUGACUGAAAAUCAGAUUCAAGCAGCAAUAUUUUGCUCUAAGAAGCACCGCUUACAGAUGAGAAUUCGAAGCGGUGGCCAUGACCUUGAGGGCACAUCCUUCAUUUCUGACGUUCCAUUUUUUGUCCUAGACAUGUCCAACUUCCGUUCAACCUCGGUAGAUGCUAAAAGUCGAACCGCCUGGGUUGGAGCUGGAGCAACCCUUGGUGAACUAUACUACAGCAUUCACGAGGCCAAUAGCUCUCUGGGGUUUCCGGCUGGUACAUGUCCAACUGUUGGCAUUGGUGGGCACAUCAGUGGCGGAGGGUAUGGUCCAUUGACAAGGCAAUUUGGCCUUGCUGCGGACAAUGUCAUCGAUGCUCGGAUCAUUGAUGCAAACGGAAAAGUUCUCGCUAGAAAGAGCAUGGGUGAGGAUCUCUUUUGGGCUAUAAGAGGUGGAGGCGGUGCAAGUUUUGCAGUCAUUCUUGGAUACAAGUUGAAAUUGGUCGAAAUUCCAGAGAAAGUUACUGCAUUUUCCAUCACCAGAACCUUGGAACAAAAUGCAACCCAACUUGUAUACAAGUGGCAAUAUAUUGCCUCAAAGUUACCACUGGACCUUACUAUCACACUCCAAUUUGUCAAUAUCAAUUCCGAUCAAACAGGUAAGAGAACUGUGCAAGUUAGAUUUGUGUCUGUUUUCCUUGGUAAAGUUGAUGAAUUAUUUUCAAUCAUGAACCAACAAUUUCCCGAGUUGGGGUUGAAGAAAGAGGACUGCAGUGAAAUGCUUUGGAUCCAAUAUAUAGCCUUUCACAAUGGUCAACCAAUUGGUGACGUUAAAGAGUUCUUGACCAGGAGAGGCUCUCGAGCUAAACUUUAUUCCAAAGAUAAAUCUGAUUUCGCCAAAGAGCCUAUCCCUGAAAAAGGGCUUGAAGAGAUAUUGGAAAAGCUUAAUGAAUUACCUCCUUCUAUGGCAAUAAUGGAAUGGAGUUAUUUUGGAGGAGGUGUAAUGGAUACAACACCGGAAUCAGCAACUCCAUUCCCACAUAGAGGAAAUUUGUACCUCAUAUUUGUAGAGGUUUUGUGGAACGCAACAAAUCAAGAAGUGGUGUCUAAACAGCGUAUAGAUUGGAUCAAAAAGCUUUACAAGGUUAUUGGAAAAUAUGUUCCUAACAAUCCAAGAGCUGCCUAUGCUAACAAUCGCGACCUUGAUUUGGGGGUGAAUAAUAAAGGUAAAACAAGUGUUGAAAAAGCAAGGAUCUGGGGUGCUCCAUAUUUCAAGAACAAUUUUGAUAGACUGGCAGAAGUGAAAACCAAGGUUGAUCCUUAUAAUUUCUUCAAGAAUGAGCAGAGUAUCCCACCUUUGCACUGA